UACAUACUUGGAUAAACUUGUCGAGUUUAUUCGCGGCCAAUCUAAAAGAAUACGUGCCGUCAACAAACAUUGGUCUUGUUCACUCCUUCUUCCGUGUGAUGGACGGCUACAUCCAAUCCUUUGCCGUGCCCAAACCGCAGCCUGGACAACCCGUAAUGAGCCCAGAGCGUGCGGAGAUACUUGAAAAAUGCAUCACCCCAUUGUUUUUCAUGUCUGUCAUAUGGAGUCUUGGUGCCACGUGUGACGAGGGAAGUCGGGAGAAAUUUAGCGACAUGCUGCGCACCGUGGCUCAAGGGAACAAUCACGCCGAUUCUUUACCCGCCGAAGGCCUGGUCUAUGAUUACUGCUUUGUUUACUCCGCCGUACCGGAGGAUGAGGAGCAACCACGCUGGGUGCACUGGGAUGAUCUCUGUGAUACCUGCGAGAUUGGGCGGAUGACGAAAUUUGAGGACGUUAUGGUGCCCACGAUCGACAACACGCGCCAAAAAUAUGUGCUGCAGCACUUGUUAACACAAAAGGUGAAUGUGGUAGCUGUUGGCCCGACGGGUACAGGGAAGACGGUUUCUGUGAGUGAUCUUGUACUUGGUGGGUUACCCGACCGGUUUCUUGGCCUCACCUUCACUUUCUCUCCACAGACAAAGGCUGGCGUACUGCAGAACUCCCUCAUGUCCAAGUUUGACAAGCGUCGCUCACAUGUGUUUGGUGCUCCCAUUGGUAAACACUUUGUUGUAUUCAUUGAUGACGCGAAUUUGCCUCAAAAGGAGCGUUAUGGUGCCCAGCCGCCAUUGGAGCUGCUGCGUCAAUUAUUGGGCCAUGGGGGUUUCUACAACUUUACAGGUGGAAUCCGAUGGAAUGCCAUCAUUGACACGUCAUUUGUCAUGGCGAUGGGGCCUCCUGGUGGCAGCCGUACACAAGUGUCAAACCGUCUCAUGCGCUACCUUAACUAUGUGUCGUUUCCCGAGAUGUCAGAGGUGUCAAAGCGCACCAUUUUGAACACCAUUCUUAAAGGGGGUCUUAGUCAACGUGGUGUGAAGAGUGAGGUCAUUGAUCUUUCCUCCAAGC